AAAAAAGAAUUCAUCUUCCACAACUACACUCCUGCUCAACCACCAACCAUUAUUGCACCACCAACUCAAUCAAAAACCAGUUUACAACAACUGGUCACUUCAAUGGCUCCUACUGAAUUCACUCCCCCAAGAACACCCCAAAAACCAACUGCAACUACAGAGCCAGAAGUAAUUUUAAUAGAUGAUGAAUAAACUCCUGUAUGUUUUAUUCAUCCGCAGAAACUCCACAUUCUCCUACUGGGAGACGCCUAAUAUUAUUAUUGGUGAUCACUUUGAAAAUUGAGUUAAGUAAAAAAAAAUGAAAAGGGUAAUCAUCUCUACUCUUGCCAUCAUUCUCUCCGUGAUGAUGAUGUUGCAAGUUUCCAUGGCUAACAAACUCACAAAGGAACAAAUUAAAAAAUCCGUCUUUAUGAGAGGAAGAACAUUAAAUGAUGAAUAUGGAUAUUUGAAUAGAAUGGCCUCUCAUCCAGUCUUUGCUUCCAUGCCAAUCAGUGUUGAAGGAAAGGGUCCAAUUAAAUCGGAACAAGAAAAUCCAUUUGUUAAUAGUGGUUUUUUCACUGUCAACAAGACUGUUGGAGGACAAAUGUACUAUGCUUUCUUUGAAGCUCAAGAUGGUAAUCAAAAUGCUCCAAUUAUUUUGUGGCUCCAAGGUGGUCCAGGUUGUAGCUCUUGUACUGGUAUGCUUAUCGAAAUGGGUCCAUAUCGUAUUAAUAAGAAGACUCUUGAACUCUAUCCAAAUGAAUAUACUUGGAAUAAGCAUUAUCACUUGUUGUUCGUUGAUAAUCCUCUUGGAGCUGGUUUCUCACACAUGGCCAAUCCAAAUGGUUACAUUCACAAUGAAGAACAAAUGGCUAAUGAAUUAUAUUCUCUCUUGAUUCAAUUUAUGGCCAAGUACAACCAAUAUUCUAAGAAUCCAUUCUAUGUCUUUGGUGAAAGUUAUGCCGGAAAGUAUGUUCCAUCUAUCAGUUACAAGAUUGCCAAUGAAGGUUUUGCCAUUAAUCUUAAGGGAUUCGGUAUUGGAGAUGGUUUGACUCAUCCUCUCAUUCAAAUGGCCAGUUAUGAUGAAUAUGCCUAUUCUUUGGGACUUGUUGAUCUCAAGCAAAGAUCCUACAUUCAAGGACUCCAAAAGGAAGUUGAAUCAUUGAUCAUGCAACAAAAGUGGUUCGAUGCUACCUCUACAUGGGAUAAGAUCAUGUCUGCCCUGAAUAACUACACUGGAGGUGUCAAUGUUUAUGAUGUCAGAGAAUAUGGAGAUUAUAACUUUGAUUAUUACCUUGCCUUCUUGAACUUGCCAAAGACUAAGGAAUUGAUGCACACUGUUGGUAUCACAUACAAUGAUUGUGAUGCUCAAGCUUACUCUGCUUUAUAUGCUGACAUGUCAAAGUCUGUUCAAUAUAAGGUUGAAAGUUUAUUGGAUAGAGGUGUCAGAGGUAUCUUAUAUAAUGGACAAGUUGAUCUUAUCAUCAAUAUGGUUCAAACCAAAUGGAUUGAAGAAAUGAAAUGGAAAUAUGCCAAUCAAUUCUAUAACGCUCCAAGAAAGCAAUGGACUAUUAAUAAUAAUAUUGUUGGUUAUGUCAAGCAAUACCAAAAUUUAUAUAAGGUUCAAGUCAACCUUGCUGGUCACUUGAGUCCAAUGGAUCAACCAGCCAACUUGUUGGAUAUGGUUACUCGUUUCAUUAACAACCAACUUUAAUUUAUUUUGAAUAAAUUUAAAUUAUUAUUUU